AUGUUGCAGAACAAGCAGGGAGUGAGCGGCAGGCCCGGUGGCGCCGCGCGCGUGAACAAGGCCAACGAAAGCGUCGGAGGAAACCCAAGUGGUAGCCGCAGCAGUGCCAGUCGUCCCAGUGGCAGCCUUCCCAGUGGUAACUGUCCCAGUGAUAAUCGCCCCAAUGGAAGCGGCCCCCUCGCUGCGGAGGCGGAGGAUCUGAAAAAAAUAAACCUGAAAAUUACGGACGAGGAAAUCAAGCUUCAUCUGAAAAUAAUCGAAGCGUUGUACCCUAAUAUGAAGCCCAAAGUAGAUAGACUAAUCAACGGGACGUACAACAUUUUCACCAAAUUCUUAAUACAGUCUCAUAUAGACGACUACAACUCCUUCAUCAAUGUGUAUAUCAAGAACAUGCCGGAGACCAUCCCCGUGGUGGAAUUUUCCCCCAAUCUUAACACAUACGCCACGCAAAACUUUAACAAGAAAUCAACAGAUUCGAUCAAAUUCUACGUAAGUGACAUAAAAAUAAAAAACCCCGUGUUGAAAAACGACAAGGGGGAAACAAGAAACGACUAUCCCUAUUUGUGCAAACUAUCAGCGAGAACGUACGAAGGAGAACUUACUUUAAAAAUUAACAAAAAAACGAAUGAUGAAAUAAUCAGUACUACCGUCAGUGCAGGGUACAUCCCUGUGAUGGUCUUGUCAAAUCUGUGCAAUCUGAGCAGCUUAAAUAAAAAGAUGCUACCCCAGAAGGGAGAAGACGAAAGCCUAUUAGGAGGAUUCUUCGUCAUCUCAGGACAUUUAAAAGUGAUAAGAUAUGUAAUUCACCCAAAGUAUAACACUAUACUACUUAAUGAGGAGAAUAAAGUCCACAUGAAUUGCCUACUAAAUGAUAAUUCCGUUUAUGUGAACUUUCUGUCUUGUCCCAAAUUUGAUUUCUUUACCUAUGGUGCUAGAUACCAGAAUUCAGUCGUGGCAAUCCCUCUGCAUGUUAUUCUGUUACUCUUAAGUCCCAUCAAGAAAAAAAGCUACCUAUUCAAUAAAAUGAAAAUGGGGAUCAAAAACGAAAAUGCAGUCAAGUACAUAGAGCAAUACAUCCAAUCCAUAUUUAUAAAAAAUGGACUAAACGAAAAAGAAGUGUUCGAAAAAUAUAAUUUGAAGUAUCUAGGAAGCUCUUCCUAUUUCAGGAGGGGUAUAUUUCGUUAUAGUCUCGUUUCUGAUGAGAAAAAAGGCAAGACAAUUCUCAAGUAUGUGAUUCUACCUCACAUCCAGAGUUACUCAGAGAAAUUUGAAACUGUUUGUAUGAUGUUUAAGACGUUAAUUUUUAGCAAGUUUAAGUUAAUCGCUCGAAUUAAUAAGGACUCGCUCGAAAACCACGCAGUCACGACGUGUAGCCAUUUGCUGUCAAACUUGCUGAAGGAGCAAAUCGUGACUUGCCUCAGCCGCUUAGCUUUCAGAUAUUCCCGGAGCUUUUACAAAUUUUACGAGAAAAAAUAUGACUCCUUUAAGGUCAUUGUGAAGCAGAUUUACCUCCGUUACAAGGAGAUGGUGAUGGACGAGCUGGACGAGCAGCACCUGAACUCCGUGCCGCUGCAGGGCGAUGACUCGGAUGUUGCCAAGCCAACAGAUUCAGGCAACCAGCUCUCCAUUAACCACAAAAGCCAGGCGGUGAAAAAGCUCCAGUCCAUCUUCAUCGGCGAGAAGGAAAAACUCUUCAACAGCGUCGAGAGCUACGUUCGGGAGCUUUACAACGACAACCACCUCUUCAUAGAAAUCGCAAAGUCCUUCACCACGCUCAGUAUGCCCAUCAUAUUCUUUUUCAAGACAGGAAAUAUCUCCUCAGAAAAUAUAGGGUAUCAGCAGAAAAGCGGGUGGGUUAUCGGAGCAGACGAAAUUAACAGUCUCCGAUUUAUUACGAAUUUUCGAGCAAUCCACAGGGGAUGCUUUUUUCAAGACGUUAAAGUUUUAAGUCCAAGAAAAUUACUAGGGGAAUCAUGGGGGUUCAUAUGUCCCGUCCACACACCUGACGGUACCCCUUGCGGUCUGCUAAAUCAUUUGUCGCAGUUUAGUUACGUGCACAAUUCGGCUAGCAACGAAUCACACAAGCUGAAUAUAAAAUUAUACCUAAAAAAAAUUGGAGUUAACGUAAAUCUGGAUGAUACUAGUGGUAUCCCUACAAUCUACGACGAUCAAACGAUUCCCAUCGUGGUGGACUCGGUUCCCAUAACAUACAUAAGUGAGCAAGACUUCAACAGAGUUGUCUACAAGUUAAAAUAUGCCAAGAAUCAUAACCUCUACAAUUUAAAAGCCUACUUCGAAAUCAAUGCCUACUUGAAUGAACCCCUCCUGAUGAACUCCAUAAUAAUUAAUACCUUCCCUGGGAGAUUGAUUAGGCCCUUGUUUAAUUUAAAAAUGAAAUGCAUAGAGUAUAUUUCCCCGUCUUAUCAACCUUACGUAGCUAUUGCCAUAAAUUACGAAGAUAUCAGGAAGAACAACCUAGCUAGAAGGAUAUUAAGGAGGAAGGAACGUUUAGUUAGGUCCAAAAAAUGGGCGCAGCAAAAAAUGACCAUAAAGGAGCAGUAUUUGUUUCAUGCCAGGAGGAAGAAAUUUGCGUCGUCCUCCAAGGGGAGUGCUCUGCAGAAUAGAAGUCCUGUGGAGGGACCCGGGGCGUCCGAAUCGGCGAUUAGCAGGAAGGUGCUGCAGCUUUUGGAAGACGGUGAGAGCGACGAGGGGGACCACACGGAUGGGCAAGAGGACAACACGGGUGGUGAGGACGAGUACGUAAGCAGCUCGAACUAUGAAUCGAGCGGGGACUCAUGUGGAGAAGGAAGUGAUAGCAGAAGUGACGGUAUAAAUGACGGCACAUGCGACAAACGUGAGGGCAAACGCCGCCACAGCGUACCGCCCACCUCCUACACAGACAGCGACGAGAACGCAAACCUCGACAUCUACGAGCAAAUGCCGCAAAAGUUCGAAUACAUGGAACUUAAAGAGACGUCUUUCCUGUCCUUCUUGGGAUCGCUGACCCCCUUUUCCGACCACAACCAAAGUCCUCGUAAUAUUUACCAGUGCCAAAUGUUGAAGCAGACGAUGGGCAUACAAAGCUUAAACAUCAUGUAUACAUUUACGAACAAAAUAUAUCGGAUGAUAACGCCGCAAUUUCCGCUAGUUGUCACAAGAGAUUACGAACUCUAUGGGGUGGAUAAUUUUCCUAGUGGCACCAAUGCAGUUGUGGCCAUUUUGGCGUACACCGGAUACGACAUGGAAGACGCACUGAUUAUAAACAAGUCCAGUGCAGAAAGAGGUAUUUUCAGGACCCAUAUAUACAAAACGGAAAUUAUCGACUUGGAGAAAAAUCAUGGCCGUGGAGAGUUUAUACUCGGAAAUAAUGUUAGAUACACAAACAGCAAUGCCGGGACCAGUGCGAAUGGCACGAACAGUAACAACACAGCGAAGAGUAACUUAAAAUUUCACUACGAACAUAUGGGUAAGAUGUUAAAUAAGGACGGCUUGCCUCGCGUGCAACAGAAAAUAGUGGAGUUGAAUCCGCUUUACUCCUAUAUCAAUAAAGCAAACGAACUAACCGUGUAUGAGAAAUUUAAAGGACAUGGAGAAUAUUACGUAGACUGUGUAACUAAUUACAAAAGUACGAGGAAUCAAAUUGCAAUCGUCCGAUUACGCACGACAAGACCACCUCUUGUGGGAGAUAAAUUUGCAUCAAGACAUGGACAGAAGGGAGUUGUUUCCAGGUUGUUUCCACAUGAAGAUAUGCCCUUUUCGGAGAGUGGAAUUGUCCCCGAUGUCAUUUUCAACCCCCAUGGGAUCCCCUCACGUAUGACCAUUGGUAUGCUUAUCGAGAGCAUUUGUGGAAAGGCUGCCUGCAUCUACGGCAAGAGAAUUGACGCCACUCCGUUUAGGAAGUACACGCAGCAGAGAAGUUUCAACAACGAGUGGAUUGACAAUUGUGGCGUUAAGGGCUUUCUCGAGAGGGAAAAACCAGGCAAGAACAAAGAGCAAAACAAAGGCGAAAAGGGUAGUAGUGCCAACGCUCCUGCGCAGGAGGUUGAUCACAGCCAUAAAGAAAAAAAAAAAAAUGACCUCCCCAAGGAGGAAAGCCAAAACAGCGCAAAAACCAAUAUCACGUAUGACGAAAAAAUUGACUACUUCGCAAAGCUGCUGCUAAACAAGGGCUACGAUUAUUACGGAACAGAGUUACUCUACAGUGGCAUAUACGGGGUACCCCUCCAGGCGCACAUCUUCUUUGGCGUCAUUUAUUACCAAAGAUUACGACAUAUGGCUUAUGACAAGGCACAAGUAAGGCGAACAGGACCAAUCUGUAACUUAACCCAUCAGCCCCUGAAGGGCAAGAAAAAACAUGGGGGAAUCAGAUUAGGAGAAAUGGAACGAGAUGGGUUAAUAUCUCAUGGUUGCAGUUUUAUAAUUAAUGAGAGGUUUCUCAUGAACUCAGAUGGACAUGAGUGCUUUGUUUGUCCCCAGUGUGGACUAAUCCUUUCCCCAAUUAUGCAGUUCACCUGUAGUGGCGAAAUGGUUAAGGGCAGAAGCAUUGGUGGGAAGAGUAAAAUAGCCGUUUGCAAGUCUUGUGGCGUUUCCUGUAAAAUUGUCUAUGUGCCAUAUGUCCUGCGCUAUCUACUAAAUGAGUUAAUUUGUCUAAAUGUGACCAUCCGGCUAAAUAUCAAGUCGGUGGAAAAAAUGUUUGACAUGAAGUAG